AUGAGGAAAGUUAUUGCAGUGGAUGUGGUCGACGCAGAAAAUGGCGCCUCUAGGAAAUGGUUCUUUAGAGGUUUGAGCCAGAUGAUCCCGGACGCUUCGGAUCUUGUUUUUGUAUCAGACAGGGGUAACUCCAUUGCUUCAGCGCUCGAGGAUGUUUAUCCCUUAUCUCACCAUGGAAUCUGCAGAAUCCAUCUGCUCUGCAACAUCACUCCUACAUAUUCGAAGACUGGUUUGCUACCUCUGGUGGAAAGCACUGCUGAUGCCUACACGUGUCACGAGUUCUGGUUAAUCUUGAAGGACAUAAAGGAUAAAUGUUAUGAAUUGGCUAAGUAUUUGGAAGAUUCAGAUUUUAGGAAGUGGGCAAGAUGCUUUGCGCCUGCGAACAGGUUUGGGGCUGCAAUGGUGCUGAAUGUGUAUCAAGUUAAUCAAAACGAGUUUGAGGUGAAGGAUGAAACUAUGAAGUAUGUUGUUGAUUUAGAGAAGCGGCAUUCCACUUGUAAUGUUUUCGACAUUGACAAGAUUCCCUGCAUUCAUGCAAUUGCUGCUGCUAAGUAUAUUAAGAGAGAUGAAAACCGUUACGUCGAUACUUCUCACUUGACAGAAACGUGGGCUAAAGCCUAUGCCGAAAACACACACCCUGGUGGAGAGUUGUCAACAUCCACCUAUCCAGCAAAUAUUGACGAACUGUCUUGCCCACCUACAGCUACCAAAAAGAGAAGUGGACGUCCUCCUACAAAGAGAAAGAUAUCCGUUGGCGAGUUUGGUGUUCCUGGAUCUAAAUCUCAGUCCCACAAGUGCAGCAGAUGUGGCAUAGGAGGGCACAACAAGGUCACAUGCAAGAGGCCUAUAGGAUGA